AAAAGCGCGGUGGCGCGCGCCGCCUCGCGCACUCCUGCUCCCCCCCUUCCCGCGUGGCGCGCGCGGGGAUGAGACGCGGCGCGCGACGGUUGCCUUGACCCUUCCCCCCCUGCGUGCGGCACGGCCGAGCGAGCAAGCGCCUGAGGGCCAAGUACUUAAGAAAGGCACAGCCUGCUAUUUUUUAUAGAAACGAUUCCACUGCCGGCGAGAAACGGAUAAAAAGAAAAAAAGCAAUAUAAAUAUUAACUAUUUCUACACAAGCCUGAAAACGCUCUAACAAAAAGCCUCCGAUUAACCAAAAAAAAAAUUAUCACGUUAUACUGAUAAGCAAAUAAGCAUUUGAAACGACCAGUAAAGCAAAAAAAAGGACAAAAAAAACAUUAAGCCAUGCAGUUGGAGAUCCAAGUGGCACUCAAUUUCAUCAUCUCGUACCUGUACAACAAGCUACCACGACGGCGAGUGAACAUCUUCGGGGAGGAGCUGGAGAGGCUGCUACGGGAGAAGUACCGCGGCCACUGGUACCCAGAGAAGCCGUACAAGGGCUCGGGCUACCGCUGCGUGCACGUGGGCGAGGGCGCCGUGGAUCCCAUCAUCGAGCGGGCGGCCCGCGAGAGCGGCCUGGCACUCGCCGACGUGCGUACCAACCUGCCCGGCGAGCUGAGCGUGUGGAUCGACCCGGCCGAGGUGUCCUACCAGAUCGGCGAGAAAGGCCCAGUCAAGGUUCUCUACGUGGAGGAGGGAGGGGAGACAUCAGGUGACCUGGACAAGGAGGUCAUCAAGAGCAGCUUUAACCCAGAGGCCCAGGUCUUCCUGCCCGUGGGGAACACCGCCAAUAAUGGCAGCGGAGGACCCCCAGGGGAUGCGGGGGGCACAGGGGCCCCCGGCGUGGGAGGAGGGUCCUCCCACUCGGCGUCGCCGUCCCCGCCGUCCGUGAGCCCCACGUUCUUGCCACGCGCCAGCACGCAGCCGCUCACCUUCACCACGGCCGCCUUUGCCGCCACCAAGUUCGGCUCCACCAAGAUGAAGUCAAGCGGACGGCGUGGCGGUUCGCCGGCCCAGGGCCCACCAGGGAUGGGCAGGCCCCACCGCCCCAUCGGCACCCCUGCGCUCUACGGAGGCCAGCCCAAAUCGCCCAACGGCACCAGCGGGCCCUACUCGCCGCCGGCUGCCAGUGGCACGAAGGAUGUGCUCUUCCCCGGCCUGCAGGGCUUGGCUCCAUUAUUGGGCUGCGAGGCACCGUUUUCGCCUAGCCCCGCCACUUUCGGCACUGCAUUCGACCUCUUCCCAGCGUUCGGGCCGCUGGCUGAUAAGCCGUCCUUUCUGGAGGGAAUCGGCCUUAACCUAGGCCCCCUGCCCUACUCUGCCCAGCCCCUGCAGCCUGUCAUAAUGGCAAGCUAGGCUGCCCAAGAUCCUCUUAAUGUACACACCCACACAUGCGCAGGGGGUUAGGGGGAGCUUAAAGAGGCGCACAAACGUUACUGCCAUGUGUUUGCGCUGAGAUGUAAAAAAAAAAAUUUGGGCCCACACAUUUGGGCUCGGCUUUGCUCUUUGCGUGCAAGCAACUGGCUUAAGUCCACGGGACAGAAGUCGGGCCAAAAGUUAAGCCCAUAUAUCAACUGUGUGACGCCACAUUGGCACACUUGUUUGGAUGUCAAAAAAUACAUAUGCUGCUCUUCUGUAAUUAAAAAAAUAUAUUUUUUCUUUUUUUCUUUUGGUUUAACUUUUGGCCAAACUCGUACGACAGGGAGCAGCUGAGCCGGUCGGUCGCGUUCCCCACCCACCUCAGGAGGAGUAGACGAUGUGUGUGCCUCGAUGCCUGCAGCUGGUGUAGAGCAAGGCCGGGCACGUGAAUGUAUCUCGUGUUGAGCCCUCCGUGGCUGUUUGCCACCAGGAAAGCCAUGUGUGUGCCACCUUUCCUGCAAGGGGGAUGGGUGAUGGGAGAGUUGUGGGGGGGUGGUGACUGACCUGGCAAGGUGAUCCAGUAGAGUAUAUAUGUAGUGACUGAAUGUAUAUGGAAAAGGAAUCGGCACUAAUGCAAAGAAAGACGAGUUUGUGGGUCUAUUUAAGAAGUUAAAACAUUAAAAAGAAAAGAAAAAAACUAAAAAAAAUUGCACAGUUAAUUUAUUACCCUGUUUCUACGACACGAGAGAACAUAUUGUUUCUAAGUGGCAUUAUUGUUUAUAUCUUUUCUACCUAAGCGAUGCUCAGAUUGUCACAGCUUUAGUUUUUUAUGAGUGUAAAUCCUGCGCAGGGAGGCACCGGGUCUCCAGCACCAUGAAGCCGAUGGUGAUUCUGUAUCAGAGGAGAAAAGAUCCCUUGCUUUUUUUGGGAAUUAUACAGAAUUGUAUUUUUUUGUUUAAAAUUUGCUAUAUAUUCUUGACGACAAGAGAUAUUUCUAUGUGCAAUUGUGCAAUACAUGAUCGCAUUAAUUUAUAGUAUUGAGUCUGUGUUCUGGGUCGAUGAAGGGGUGUAGUUUUAUUUACCAUGUUUGUAUUAAAGAGCAUUUAAAAAAAAAAA